AGAUUUGAUCGAGUCGUUACCUCCGACACUGAACAUUCUAACAGUAAGACAGUGAACUGUGAAAUUUAAGAAAAAAAGUUAUUGCUAUUUGUCGAGAUCUGAAAGCGAUCAGUGCUGACUGCUCAAAAUGAAGAUUCUGGCUGUGGUAGUGAUAGCGUUUCUGAGUUUUGUCGCAUCACAAGACGUACAGCACCCAGGAAAUAAUAAUGUAGUCCAUAAUCAUCAUAGUGAUGUUGUAACUCCUGCCGAUAAGAGACAAGUUCAUCAGACACAUACGCCACAUCUACACCAUGAGGGCCAUACUACUAAUGCACCAGCCAAACGACAAGAGCAUACCCCACAUCCAACUCACCACCCAGUUCAACGUCAAGAGCAUAUUCCACAUCCAACUCACCACCCAGCUCAACGUCAAGAGCAUACCCCACAUCCAACUCACCACUCAGUUCAACGUCAAGAGCAUACCCCACAUCCACAUCCAACUCACCACCCAGUAGUAGAACGUCAAGAGCAUACCCUACAUCCACAUCCAACUCACCACCCAUUAGUAGAACGUCAAGAGCAUAUCCCACAUCCAACUCACCACCCAGUAGUAGAACGUCAAGAGCAUACCCCACAUCCAACUCACCACCCAGUUCAACGUCAAGAGCAUAUUCCACAUCCAACUCACCAUCCAGUUCAACGUCAAGAGCAUAUUCCACAUCCAACUCACCACCCAGUUCAACGUCAAGAGCAUACCCCACAUCCAACUCACCACCCAGUAGUAGAACGUCAAGAGCAUACCCCACAUCCAACUCACCACCCAGUUCAACGUCAAGAGCAUAUUCCACAUCCAACUCACCACCCAGUAGUAGAACGUCAAGAGCAUAUUCCACAUCCAACUCACCACCCAGCUCAACGUCAAGAGCAUACCCCACAUCCAACUCACCACCCAGUAGUAGAACGUCAAGAGCAUAUCCCACAUCCAACUCACCACCCAGUAGUAGAACGUCAAGAGCAUACCCCACAUCCACAUCCAACUCACCACCCAGUAGUAGAACGUCAAGAGCAUACCCCACAUCCAACUCACCACCCAGUAGUAGAACGUCAAGAGCAUACCCCACAUCCACAUCCAACUCACCACCCAGUAGUAGAACGUCAAGAGCAUACCCCACAUCCACACCCAACUCACCACCCAGUAGUAGAACGUCAAGAGCAUACCCCACAUCCACAUCCAACUCACCACCCAGUAGUAGAACGUCAAGAGCAUACCCCACAUCCACAUCCAACUCACCACCCAGUAGUAGAACGUCAAGAGCAUACCCCACAUCCACACCCAACUCACCACCCAGUAGUAGAACGUCAAGAGCAUACCCCACAUCCAACUCACCACCCAGUAGUAGAACGUCAAGAGCAUACCCCACAUCCACACCCAACUCACCACCCAGUAGUAGAACGUCAAGAGCAUACCCCACACCCACAUCCAACUCACCACCCAGUCCAACGCCAAGAACAUACCCCACAUCCAACUCACCACCCAAUAGUCUAAUCUAUGGAUCACUGUAAAAUUCUAAACCAGUUUAUACUAGAAUAAAGAAGACAGAUUAUAAAUUAGUUUCCUAAUAAUUAUUCAAAGUACCUUUUCAAAAACAAUAUUUAAUAAAAUUUGAAACUGAAA